AUGUGUUGGCCAAAGAAGAGAAAGAAGCUAUCCGUACCAGCUCCUCCUGUCCAGCAGUCCAAAGAGAAAGCCGCCCCUGGAAAUCAAAAUGGAAAUGAAAAAAAGAAUAACAAGAAAAUAAAAAGCAGGAGAAAGGACUUGAAGGAAGACGAGCAUGUGAAGAAGACUAGUGAACCGGAAAAAAGUCGCAGUGAACCGGAAAAGAAAUCAGGUGAGAAAGAGAAAAGCGAGAAAGAAAAAGAGGAGAGAGACAAAAAAGAGGCGGAGGAAGAAAAAAGAAGUGACAAUGAAAAGAAGGAAAGUGAUAGGGAAAUCGGCGAGAAAGUCUCAGGGAAGAAGAAAUUGGUGAUAAAGGCUCCAACAGCAAUUAAAAAGGCGGAUGCUGGAGAUCCACAGUAUCAGACACUUGCUGGCUUAAAUGAUGAGGAUUUGUUUGGCAAGGAGGAUGAGCAUAAGCCGAAAAAGAAGCUAGUUAUAAAGGCACCAACCGAUUUUAAGAAGGCAAAGGCUGAAGAUCCAGAGUAUCAGGAAACUGAAUUGCCUAGAGAUUGGCAGUAG